AUGUCUCGUGCUCGUCGGUCAGCUGGGUCUGUUCGCGGGCCCUCUUCUGCUCUGACUUCCUUCCUCGCUAAUUUGGGUGUUGAGCCGUCUGCUCAACUUACAACCUGGGGCAAUACUUCUGCUAUCAACGCAACCGAUCAUGCUCCUGCUGAUGGGCCGGAAAUUAUGGACGGGAUUGACCCUGCUGGGUCCGUCACAGCCAGAAAUGUUGUAGCAGGUCCCAGUCGGGUUGGCGAGGGCACACCUUCUGAUCAUGAGGAUGAGGUUGCUCCACCAAGGAAACGUUUACGAGGAGCUUCAGUCGAUUCUAAUGAUCUUGACGCCGAUUUUGAGCCGAAGUCAGGCCCGGCAGCUGCCUCUUCGUCCAAGCCAGCCGUCGCUCCCACCGAUCUGGCCAAUAUUGGCGAGUUCAUGAAUUGUGGAGAAUGCGGAAAGAGGUUCACUGUUACCGCCUACACCAAAGAACAUCCAAAUCAGCCUAUGACUUGGCUUUGUGUUGACUGUUGCUACGCUGUAGGAGUAGAUCCCUUCGCGAAGCCUAAGAAAGCUGCGGCGAGAAAGAAGGCAGGGGGAAAGGAAGAUCGAGGAAAAGUUGUCCACUACGAGACAAGGAAAGGAGCAACGCCACUCGGUGACAUCUGCAUAGGGAUCAUUGGUCGCUUCAUCGAGGACGUUGAGCAGCUUGGCGACAUUGGGAGUAUCAACUUGGACAAAGUGUGCAGAAUUAUAUCCAAGAGUCGCAGAUUAGCACCAGAGACUGCCGCGUUGUUCUAUUCCGCCGACCGUCAAGAACUGUCCAUGUAUGAUUGCACCAACCUGGUGCAAGACUCAUACAUUUCCAUGGCCAAAUUAUGCCCCAAUAUGGAAUACCUGUAUCUGAAUCUAUGUGGACAGCUCACUACGGACUCCCUCAUUUCUUGGAGCAGAACCUUCAAGCGUCUAAGACGGAUCGAACUCUUCGCCCCGUUUCUCGUGCGCAAAGAAGGCUGGCUACCUUUCAUCAAAUCUAUGGGCAAGCGUCUUGAAGGAUUCCUCAUCACUCAAUCUCCCCGAAUCGACCUAGAAGUGGUGGAGAAGCUCGUUGCGUGUUGCCCCAACCUGACGGAGUUACGACUGUGCGAAAUUGGUCAAAUGAACUCGGACUUCCUACGACCUCUGGGAAAACUACGUCAUCUGACACUUCUUGACCUCUCUGCGCCAGGUACGACUUUGUCAGAUCAAUCCGUCAUCGAAUUGCUGGAAGACAUCGGCAAUAAUCUCCAUACUCUCAACCUUUCAGACAACCCGGGGUUGACAAACGAGAUUGUUCCUGCCAUCGCCACGUGCUCAAACUUGCGCCGAUUAUACCUAAAGCAUUUAGUGGAACUCACCGACGAUGGCGUAGCCCAAUUCUUCCGCACUUCUGUAUCACCCGGGUUCGAGACUAUCGAUCUGGAGAAGGGUCACGAGCUUGGGGAUGGUGCACUCAGGGCGUUGAUCGCACAUUCUGGACAUUCGAUUGAGCAGCUCAACCUUUUGGGUUGGCGAAAAUGUCCCGCCGACGCCUUGGCCGAGCUUCGGUCAUGUAAGCAUCUGCGGGAGUUGAACUUGGGGUGGUGUAGGAAUGUGACUGAUUUCACGCUGAAGGAUAUUUUGGAAGGAUGCAAUGAAAUUGAACAGAUCCGAGUGUGGGGAUGCAAUCUCCUGUCGGAUGCUGUACCGCGGAAGAAGGGGGUCAAGGUCAUCGGUAUCGAAACGCACGCCAUAUAG